UUUUUCCAUUCCAUAAAUUUGUGGAGAAAAGAAAAGAAAAAGAGAGGGUAAUUAUAAUUCGAAGAGCCCUCGCGAUCGCAUUCGAACGGGGGCAGAGUCGGCGUGCCAGGAAUACACCAUAUUCACAGAAAGAGAAAAGAGACAUGGAAGACCGAAUGAAGCGCUUGGCUUUGGUCGGUGUUGGGGCUUUGUUUGGCUCUUUUACUACUGUAGCUCUUCUCAAGCUUCUCUCCAGAAGGUUUGGAAAGGAAUGCAGUCAAAAGGCAAUCGAUUCUGGUGGUAAAGGAUCUAUACCUGAGAAAGCUACAAAAGGCUGUAAUGUUCCUCGGGACGAGAAUCAUGUGAUGGCUAGUUUAGAUUUACUAGAAGAUGAAAUAGUUUCUGAACAACUCACCAGGAAUAUUCAGUUCUUUGGCUUUGAGUCCCAACAGAAGGUGACUGCAUCAUAUGUGGUUGUCAUUGGUCUUGGAGGGGUUGGGAGUCAUGCUGCAUCCAUGCUCUUAAGAUCCGGUGUUGGAAGGCUCCUUCUUGUGGAUUUUGAUCAGGUGUCGCUUUCAUCCCUAAAUCGACAUGCUGUUGCAACAAGAGAUGAUGUCGGAAUCCCAAAAGCCCAUUGCCUUAAGAAGCACUUCUCAUCAAUUUUCCCAGAGUGCCAUGUGGAUGCAAGAGUGCUCUUAUAUGAUGCAUCUUCAGAAGAAGAAAUUCUCUCUGGCCACCCUGAUUAUGUUCUGGACUGCAUUGAUAACAUUGACACAAAGGUGGCACUUCUUGCUGCAUGUGUACGUAGGGGUUUGAAAGUCCUAUCUGCAACAGGAGCUGGUGCAAGAGCUGACCCAACAAGAAUCCGUGUGGCUGAUUUAAGAGAGUCAACAAAUGACCCGCUUUCUCGAGCUGUGAGAUACCGUUUAAGGAAAGAUUAUGGUAUAGAAGGUGGCAUUCCUGUAGUUUUUUCUUUAGAAAAACCCAAGGCAAAGUUGCUUCCAUUCAAGGGACCAAGUGGAGAAGAAGAAAAUCCUUCAGAUUAUCAAAUAGUACCAGGUUUUAGGGUCCGCAUCAUUCCUGUUCUAGGUACAAUACCUGCGAUUUUUGGACAGGUCAUGGCUUCCUAUGUUGUGACGCAACUAGCAGGGUUGCAAGUUCACACAGAACCAGUGGUGAAUUUUGAUACGGAUCACUACUGUAUGCUCCAUCAGCGCCUUAUUGAGCAUGAGGAAUUAUUAUAUGGCACCUCCAUGCAAGUUCAGGUAGAUAUUGAAGAAGUUGCAUAUGUUGCCAAAGAGUUAUGGCGUGGACGAAGUGCAAGAGAUCAAUCUACAAAGGAUGUAGGGCGUGAAAUGUGGCGUUCCAUCAACGAUUUAAUGCUCGUGAGGUGGGACCAGGCAAAGCCAGCAUCUGUGUCAAACUUAAUCCUUCUUAGAUUUAAGGAGGCUGAUGAACACGAGUCGAGGACACUUGAAGAUAUAGAGGAAAAAGAACCAGAAUUUUUCACGAGGGUGACGUCUGUGCUAAAGCGAGCUGAAGCGGACUUUGGUUUGUAAGUGUUGGGAGCUAUUCAAUGUUGAUUUCAGAGCAUCUGAAUCCCUUGGUUUUAUUAAUAGUCCAAGUCUGCUCAGCAUUUCAUCAGUCUGUUUUCAGAUUAGUUAGUGCAAUUGGGUCAGUGCGAAACAAACUCUUGUCCUUAUACAUGUUGAGAUUUUGGGGAAAGAUAGUUGCUGAGCCAGAAUUACUCUAGAAAUACAUAAAAAGGCUUGCUUCUUUGAUGACACUUUCAGGGCA